AUGGAGAAGGGCAUGAGGGACAUGCAGGAGGCCGGAGCCAGCCGAGCGGAUAAUGGGUUGGGGUGUAAGCGGGUUGGAGAGCGGUUUUUACCUUUAGAGAUGAAGAGCGUGAUGUGGGAGUUCGGGAUAAGCAUUCACCAGAAGCAACUCUCUGUUCCAAGCCGUUCCUUGUUGCUGAAAUCACAUGAAGAACUGGAAGAAGCCAAGGUGAACAAGCCAGGAGAAUUCAAGGCGUCUCUGGAAGAAGUGGAUAAUGACCUGUUUCAAGUACGAGAAGAGUUGGAGAAGGUUUGGGACAUGCUUCACGUGAGGAACAGUGAGCUGGAAGAACAGAACCAGGAACUGGAGUCUGCCAGGGAUCAGGUCAGCAUCCACCCAGAGGAGAUUUCAGCGACCUCCAAGCGUAGAAGUCAAAGUGUGUCUCUGGCUCGAGGGGAGCGGGUGAAGAGCUCACUGAAGGCUGCUGGGAUUGUGCCCACGUACAGAUACACCGAAUGUAGCUCCGAGAAACAGAGGCUGGAAGAGCUGGUCACUUUGCUACAACAGGAUGUACUGGAGAAGGAACAGGAGAUGAGGCGUCUGGAAAGACUUCGAGAAACGGAAAAGACAGAACUGGAAAUUCAAAUCUCUUCAUUAGAAAUGAGGCUUGCAGAGAUGGACUUAUUAGGAGAAAAGAAGGGGCCAGGGGAAGAGGUGCAGAAGUUGCAGAGUUACCCUCCUCAGAAAUGUAGUCACUGUGACAGUUUUGUGCAAGGAACGAGUGCCAAGGCACAAGAUCCUGUUGCCAGAAAUGCCGUGCUUCAGGAGGUGAGAGAGGAAGCCCAGAAAUCAUUGGAUGAGAUGCAAGACCCUAAGAAGGUGACUUCCGUGACUCAUGAGGACAUUGGAAGCGUAGGAUUCCUGAGGGAAAAUGCCUUUGUUGUCACGUCGGACACUGAGAGUGUCCCAGCCCUUUCCAACAGCCCGCCCUCAAACCCAAGUGGAACGCCUUCAUUUCAGGAGUUUAAACCUUUUAACAGAAGAGGCAAUGAUCCUUCCCCAGUGAGAAGGGACAAUGUUACCAUAUCUCCCAGACUGAGAGGUGAGCAAGGGUGCAUUGGCUUACACACCCAAAAUUUGCCUGACAGAGGAACUGUUGAUUCUGGGAGCAUUCACCAGCCAGAGGUUUGCUACAGCAUAACUUCAACUAGUCAAUCACCUCCUAAAGAGACCAGGUCACACGAGGGGACUUUGACAGAGAUCAGGACUCCAUCUCCAAUCAGGCAAACCUCUCCAGAUCCAGCACUGAUACCUAGGACUUCCACCCCUGAUCUCCUAUCUCCAGCCUCAGGAACUCCCAGUGAAGAUGAGAAGCCACAGAUGAGAGCAAUACCCUCGGCUAUCAAAUGCUCUCUCCUCUUAUCCCCCAGACCUUUCCAUUUACACAGGUCAAACAUGAAUAAAAAAAUAGCAUCACCCCCAAGUGCUUCAAUGGAGAAUCAGAGUCUUUAAAAACAAGCAUUUGGGUCCAGUGGAAUCUGUUAACAAUUACUAUUCCCCCCUCCCCACUAUAGUUUUUAGGACGGAAUUUCUGAAUUGUUAUGACACUGUAAUGGAGAAGAUCGCUUUAUUUUAGUGAUCAGCGUGUGUUCAAUCCAUUGACUCAGUUUCCAAAUCGGUGUUAAUAGUGUAUCGGGGACAAAUACAUCAGCCGCUCAGGCCCCUUCUUACAAAGAGGUUUUAGUAGCUGAACUUCAGAGCAAAACUUUCAGGUCUCAGUCCUUAACCCCUGAUACAUCCUUCACUUCAGUGUAAAAUGUGCGCUGGAGACUAGACAAUGGUUACAAAUUGUGGGAGCAAGAGCUCUUACCGAGAACCAGCUCGGGUGCAAUGGGCUGAAUGACAUCCUUCUGUGCUGUAAAGGUCUAUGAUGCUAUGCCAUUAUGAAUGCAGUUUGUUUCUCUAGGAUCAUCUCUCCUGCUUUGAUAGGAUGAGACACGAGUUGGGGAUAGCUGACAACCAAACAUAGCCUUUCGCAAUGACCCGUCCCAGUAAACGUCCAAAGUGUCUCAUUCCUUUUUCUGAUCAUUGACAAUGUACACAAUCAGUAGCUCCCAAAUCCUCUUAACGUGUAAAACCUUUUUAUCUCAAAACUAGUUAUCCAGGUAAAUGUGGACUUGUGGAAAUGGUUUUAAAUUCAGGGUUAAUUUGGAAGUCUGUUCAUUAUUAAAAAAAUGUGG